AUGGGCUCUGGCAAGACGGGGCACAAGGCCCGUAAUAAGACUAGCCACAAGGCCACACACAACACCUCCGCCACGACCAGCAACCAGAUCAGCACCAAGCCCAAGUCACGCUCCCUGCGCGCCAGCCUGCAGUUCCCGGUGGGCCGCGUGCACCCGCACUUACACAGGGGCCGCUGCACCGAGCACAUGGGCACAGAUGCUCCCAUCUACAUGGCUGUGGUGCUCGAGUACCUCAAUGCUGAGAUGUUGGAGCUGGCGGGGAACACGGCCCGGGACAAGAAGAAGACGCGGAUAAACCCCCGGCACCUGCAGCUAGACAUCCACAGCGAUGAAGAGCUCAGCAAACUGCUGGGAGACGUGGCCAUCCCCCAGGGAGGCGUCCUGCCCAACAUCCAGCCCGAACUGCUGCCCAAGAAGACCAGCAUGCCCAGGUGGCAGAAGGCACCACCGGCGGCAAGACGUCCACCCAGAUCCCAGAGGAGCAAUGAGGGUACCCCCUUCAUCACGACCUCCGUCCAACCCUCCCCUCCUCAGCCCCUCACAAAGGCCCUUUAA